AUGUCUCGCCAUUGCAACCUUUGUGCCGGAACCCCACCUGGGAUUCUGCUAAUACGAGCCAAAGAAUGGAACUUCCACACGCACCGCUACAUGGUGCUGUUCAUCACCUUCCUGGCCUACGCCUGCUACCACGCCUCCAGAAAACCCACCGGAAUAGUGAAGAGCGUGCUGUGCCCGGAACGCAAGAGUUCGAGGGAGGGUUGGAGCCCCUUCAACGGUCACGAUGGAACCUCAAAGUUGGGCGAGAUCGACGUGGCGUUUCUCGCGUGUUAUUCCAUUGGGAUGUAUGUGGCGGGUCACUUGGGAGAUACCCUGGACCUUCGCUUGUUCCUCGCUACCGGAAUGGUCGGUAGCGGCAUGUUCGUCGGGCUUUUUGGAUUGGGGUACUUCUGGAACGUCCAUAAUUUUUGGUUCUACCUCUUCAUGCAGAUGAUCGCCGGCAUGUUUCAAGCCACGGGUUGGCCUUCGGUUGUUGCAGUUAUCGGUAACUGGUUCGGGAGGAGGAAGAGGGGGCUUAUUAUGGGGGUUUGGAACGCGCAUACUUCGGUUGGUAACAUUACUGGCUCUCUUCUUGCUGCGAGUGUUUUGGAUUUUGGGUGGGGGUGGUCUUUUGUUGCGCCUGGAGCUUUGAUGGCGUUUGGUGGGAUCAUUGUUUAUUUGUUCUUGGCUCCUUACCCCGAGGACGUGGGGUUCUCUUCUUCUUCUGUUUAUGGCGGUGAUGAAGAAGCUCAGGUGAAUAAAAAUAUUGAUCGUGUUCCCAGAGAAUCGUCUGUGAAUAAAAAGAGCAUUGGGCUUGUUGAUGCGUGCAUGAUUCCAGGAGUGGUACCUUUUGCGUUGUGCCUUUUCUUCGCCAAGCUUGUUGCCUACACGUUCUUGUAUUGGUUGCCCUUUUACUUGACUCAGACAGGUAAUGAUUGA